AUGUUUAAAAAUAGAUUACCAAUUCAAAUCUUUAGACAAAAACAUAUUUGUUCAUCUUUUUUAUUUUUAAAUAAUAACAGAAACUAUAAUAACAACAACGUCAGAUCUUUUAAACAAUACUCAACAACAGCAACAGCAACAGCAACAACAACAGCAACAAAAACAACAAUCAAUAAUAAUAAUAAUAAUAGAUUUUUUUCACCAAAAACAAAUAUUUCAAUAAAGAUGAACACUACUUUAUCAUUCAAUGCUAAAGCGGUGAUUGUCGAUUCACUUGAUGAUCAAGUCAUGCUGGAGGCGGCCAACAAAAUAAAAUCGGGUGGUCUCGUUUCAUUCCCAACAGAGACUGUCUAUGGACUCGGUGCCAAUGCUUUUGAUACCGAUGCAGUGCUGUCGAUCUUCACUGCAAAAGGCAGACCUCUGACCGACCCUGUGAUUGUCCAUCUCCAAAACAGUGUCAAACAACACCAACAAGGACAAGAGGCACCAGGUCAAUUGUUAACUCAUUAUGCACCUGAUAUUCAAGCAUAUAUAUUAAAAGAUAUAAUAACCGAUGAUCAAAAUAAUAAUAGUAAUUUAAAUAGUAAUAAUAGUAAUAACAGUAAUAAUAAUAAUAAUAAUAAUAAUAAUAUAGAAUAUAAACUUUCAGAAUGUGUAUUUGUGGAUUUCGGAAAGAAUUUAAAUGAUAGUUUACAAUCGAAAUUUUUAGCUUAUAGAGAUUUAUCAUCAAACAAUCAAGUAUUGGAAGCUGCCAACUGUCUAUUUUCAACACUGAGAUGGAGUGAGUCUGUACAGGAUGCAAAAAUCAUUCUCCUACCAGACUUGAGAUCAGAUAAAACGAAAUCUUUGGAGCAUAGCGAUGCCGUUUUCGAUAGAAUUUACAGAGCUGCAAGUGGUAAAACCGCAAUAGUUAAUAACAAAAUGAUUAGAAGAAACACAAGAUUAAGACAAGAAUAUCUCUACAGAAAGAAUCUGGAGGGAAAAGAAAAAGAGGUAUACGAGAAGAAGAGAAAGAUAAAGAAGGCUUUGAACGAAGGUAAACCAAUACCUUCGGAGCUGAUAGACUUUGAAUUCAAUGCUAGAAAUGAAAUCGAAAUGGAUGGUGAAUCCGACAGAAAAGUAAAUAUAGACGAUGAGUAUGCUCGUGCCGGUAUUGCCGACCCAAAGGUAUUCAUCACCACCUCGAGAGAUCCAAGUUCACGUUUGGUUCAAUUCUCAAAGGAGUUGCGUAUGCUCUUCCCGAAUGCCACCAAAAUGAACAGAGGUGCUCACGUCAUCAAAGAUAUCGUCGAGGCUUGUCGUGCCAACGAUGUUACCGAUCUUGUCAUUGCACAUGAACAUAGAGGUGAACCAGUUGGAUUAGUUGUAUCACAUAUGCCAUAUGGACCAACAGCUUAUUUCGAAAUUGUAAAUUGUGUGAUGAUUCACGAUAUUCAAGACGCACCACCAGCUUCACUAGCUUAUCCACAUUUGAUUUUCAAUAACUUUACAACUCCACUUGGUGAAAGAACUGAAACAAUUUUAAAGUAUUUAUUCCCUGUACCUAAAGAUGACUCAAAGAGAAUUGUAACUUUUUCAAAUAAUAGUGAUUAUAUUUCAUUUAGACAUCAUUUAUACGAAAAGGAUGGACAUAAGAAUGUUUUAUUAAAAGAAGUAGGACCAAGAUUCGAAUUGAAAUUAUACAAGAUACAAUUGGGAACUGUUGAUCAGAACGAAGCUGAUAUUGAAUGGGUAUACAAACCAUACAUGAAUUCAACAAAGAACAGAGUAUUCCUUUAA